AUGGGACGUGUUAGAACAAAGACUGUCAAGAGAGCUUCUAAAGUUUUGAUCGAAAGAUUCUACCCAAAGUUGACUUUGGAUUUCGAAACCAACAAGAGAUUGACCUCAGAAAUUGCCGUUAUCCAAUCAAAGAGAUUAAGAAACAAGAUUGCUGGUUACACUACCCACUUGAUGAAGAGAAUUCAAAAAGGUCCAGUUAGAGGUAUCUCUUUCAAAUUACAAGAAGAAGAAAGAGAAAGAAAAGAUCAAUACGUUCCAGAAGUUUCCGCUUUGGACUUGUCACACACCAACGGUCAAUUGGAAGUUGAUGCUGAAACCGCUGACUUGGUUAAAUCAUUGGGUUUCAAGAUUCCAUUGCAAACAGUCAACAUUUCAUCUCAAAGAGGUCCAAGACGUUUCGCCAAGAGAAACUAA